AUGAAGCUAGAGCGUCGAAAUUCGCGCAAUUUCGAGGCCCUUGUGCUUGCGGGUGAGGGAUCCCCCCGUACCUCCAUUCGGAUGCGGGCCAGCGCUGGCAAAUCUGGGCUCUCCAGCCCAUCGCGUAUCUCAGAAAAUCACUACUUUGUACUUCGAAUCGAAGAGGCCCGUAAUUUGCGAAGGUCUUCCGUGCUCGGCAAGUCGGACGGUUAUUGUAAGUUUGACAUCAUCCCCUCGGGCAUCAUCGGCGCGAGGACCUCCACCAUCCGACGCUCGCUCAACCCUCAGUGGCACGAACAGUUCGUGGGACACCGAUAUUUUGGCAUGGACGGCGAGCCCAAGCCGAAGACGUUCGCCAUCACGGUGAUGAACAACAAGUCCUUCUCGGCCGACGAGGUGCUCGGCCGGGCGAUCAUUCCCUUCACCGAGAGCGUCGACAACUGGUUCCCGCUCGAGGGCGAUGGCGCCCAGGGCGAGCUCCGCGUCGUCCUCCGCUUCUACAACAGCGACGAGGGCAAGGCCUUGGCCAAGGUGCCGAGAGACCACCUGGGGGACAUUGAAAAGCUGUGCGCCGAGUGGGAGAAGGCCGUGACCGCCGUCGAUCAGGGCAGCAACGUGACGAUUCCCAAGUGGGACGUGCCGUGCUUCUUCAACAUCAACAAGGUGUGGACACUCUUCCAGUACGCCGUGUCGAAGGACAACGCCGAGCUGGCGGCUCACCUCCACAAGCUCGGCUGCAACGUGGACGCCCGGGACCAGACCGGCAACACCGCACUCCACAUCGCCGCCAAGAAGCAGCUUCCCGUGGAGAAUUAUCUGGGCGGGAAGGACUACAAGGAGAUGCUGCGAAUGUUCAACGACGACGAGGAAGACGGCAGCUACUUCCUCUAA